AUGCAUUUUUUUCCAUUAUCAGAUUCAUGUGUUCACCUACUCCCUGGCACCUUCUCUAGCGGUUCCGAAUUAGAAACCAUUGCCAAUGAAGAUACAUCUCAACUACGAGCAGGAACUUCUCCCCUUUGUCUAUCUGCAAUAGAAGAUUUGCUCGAUCUCCCAGAAAAUUCGAGCUUUGGAAACUUGUUGGCUCAGAACGAUCUAAGUGAAGAUCUAUUCCGGCCAGAUUAUUUAUCUGACUUGAUAAAAGAAGAUGUGACCGACAUUUAG